AUGUCUUCCAAAGACGAGCCCCUCGGCGCCGAAAAGGGCGAGGCCGCUGGCUUGCCCACCUAUGAGGGCACCAGCCAGGUCAUCUCCAAGGAGGCCACGUCUCCCGCCUUUCGUGAGGGCAACUGGUAUACCCGCAAUGGCCUCAACUUGGAGUCCUUCAAAAAGGCCCAGUAUGGCCUCGGCACCACCGAGCUCGACCGUCCCAUGAAGACGCGCCACCUGCACAUGAUUGCCAUUGGCGGCUCCAUCGGCGCUGGCUUCUUUGUCGGGUCCGGCGCCGCCCUGAGCAAAGGUGGCCCUGGCAGUGUUUUCAUUGAUUUUCUCAUCAUCGGUAUCAUGAUGUUCAACGUCGUCUAUGCUCUCGGUGAACUCUCGGUCCUCUACCCCGUCUCGGGUGGCUUCUACACGUACUCGGCUCGUUUCAUUGACCCCUCGUGGGGCUUCGCCAUGGGCUGGAACUAUGUCUUCCAGUGGGCCAUCGUCUUGCCACUGGAAUUGACAGUCUGCGGCUUGACCAUUCAGUACUGGAACGUGGACAUAUCCGUCGGUGUCUGGGUCGCCGUGUUUCUGGGCGCCAUCAUCAUCAUCAACGUCUUUGGCGCCCUCGGCUACGCCGAAGAGGAGUUUUGGUCGUCGUGCUUCAAGCUGGCCGCCACCGUCAUCUUCAUGAUCAUCUCCCUCGUCCUCGUCUGCGGCGGCGGGCCCUCGAGCGGCCGAUAUAACCAAUACUGGGGCGCCCGCUACUGGUACGACCCUGGUGCCUUCAAGAACGGCUUCAAGGGCUUCUGCUCCGUCUUCGUCACCGCCGCCUUCUCCUUCUCCGGGACCGAGCUGGUGGGUCUGGCUGCCGCCGAAUCCAAGAACCCUGCCAAGUCGCUACCGGGCGCCAUCAAGCAGGUCUUUUGGCGAAUCACCCUCUUUUACAUCCUUGGCCUUUUCUUUGUCGGCCUGCUCGUCGACUCCAACGAUCCCGCUCUGCUUACCGACAACGCCUACGCCGACGUCAAGGCCUCGCCCUUUGUCCUGGUGGGCAAGUACGCGAACCUCCGCGGCUUCGAUCACUUCAUGAACCUUGUCAUUCUCGUCUCCGUCUUGUCCAUUGGCGUCUCGGGCGUCUACGGCGGCUCACGCACCCUCACAGCCCUUGCUCAGCAAGGUUACGCCCCCAAGCUCUUCACCUACAUUGAUAAGUCCGGUCGGCCUCUGCCGUCCGUCAUCUUCAUCAUCAUAUUUGGUCUGCUGGCCUUUAUCAACCUCGACGCCAAGGGCCCCGUCGUCUUCGACUGGCUGCAGGCGCUGUCGGGUCUGGCCGCCCUCUUUACCUGGGGCUCCAUCUGCCUGGCCCACAUCCGAUUCCGCAAGGCUUGGAGAUUUCAUGGCCACACCCUCGACGAGAUUCCCUUCAAGGCCGCUGGCGGCGUCUACGGCUCGUGGCUCGGCCUGGGUCUCUGCUUCCUCGUCUUGGCCGCACAGUUCUACACCGCCAUUGUGGCUCCCCCGGGCAAGUCGGGCAUGGGCACCGCCGAGGGCUUUUUUAAGUCGUAUCUGGCAGCGCCGGUCGUGCUCUUCUUCUGGGCCGGCGGCUAUCUCUGGAAGCGCGAAGGCUGGAUCCGGACGGCUCAGAUGGACGUGGAUACGGGCCGGCGUGAGCUCGACUGGGACGCGAUCCACGCCUACCGGGGACAGGUAGCGUCAUGGCCCGCGUGGAGACGGCUGCUCAACCUCAUAAUGUAG